CGUGCUCCUGCUGUGUAUCUGCGCCUUGGUAUUUGUGCGCUUUGUAUCAGAAACUGAUCCUGAUCCACCUUAAGAGUUCAGCUUCUGUACGAUACUUUGGUUUGGGACCUGUGGAUCAAAGAGGGGCCAGUCCCCACGCCUGGAUUUAAGAGCGUCUCGGAGAUGCUGAAUCCAGUUCUUUUGAACAUUACAAUGCAGUAAAGGGCUGAACUUUCAGAGAGAUUUGAGUAAGUAGCGCAUCAGCAGAAAAAGUGUAGAAAGGAGAGGAAAGGGGGAGCCGAGGGGAGGGGGGCAGUGUUUUUAAAAGUAAGGUAAUAACACCAAUACAGUGUAGCUCAGCUACAUUUUUUCUUUAAAGGGUUGCCUCUUUAGCCAGCAAAAUUUCACCCAAAAGCAGACAACCGGAUCGCCCUGCGCUGACGCGGCUGGUCGGCAGGAAGCGGCUAGUGGCGGCAGGGGUCCUGGGGGUCGUUAUGGUACUGGUUUUGGUCAUCCUCAUCCCAGUUCUGGUAAACUCGGCGGGGACAGCGGCACAUUACGAGAUGCUCGGUACCUGUAGGAUGGUGUGCGAUCCUUAUGGCACCAAAUCUCCGACCAGCACCGCUACGGCGGAUACGGUCCGGGACAACAGCCUUGUGCAGUCUUUACCCACUUUUAUCCAGGGACCGAAGGGAGAACCAGGUCGUCCAGGUAAGACGGGUCCUAGAGGACCUCCUGGUGAACCGGGGGUGCCCGGUCCAGCGGGGCCACCGGGAGAAAAAGGAGAACCGGGCAGAUCUGGUUUACCUGGACCUCCGGGACCAAACGCAGCUGCCGGUGCCAUAAGCGCGGCCACCUACAGCACCGUGCCCAAGAUUGCCUUUUACGCAGGGCUGAAAAAGCAACACGAGGGUUACGAGGUGCUGAAGUUCGACGACGUUGUGACCAACCUCGGAAACCACUACGAUCCGACCACCGGGAAGUUCACAUGCUCCAUCCCCGGGAUUUAUUACUUCACUUACCAUGUCCUGAUGCGCGGAGGGGACGGCACAAGCAUGUGGGCUGACCUGUGCAAAAACAACCAGGUGCGUGCUAGUGCUAUAGCCCAGGACGCCGACCAGAACUACGAUUAUGCCAGUAACAGCGCUGUGCUGCAUCUGGAGCCCGGAGAUGAGGUCUACAUUAAACUGGAUGGAGGCAAAGCUCAUGGAGGGAACAACAACAAGUACAGCACCUUCUCUGGAUUCAUCAUCUACGCUGACUAGACAACACAUUCAAGUCUUCUGUCACUGAUGAGAUGCACAAACAUUCUCUUUUAAACAUCUGUGGAGACGCCCUAUAUAAAUCAGCCCUCCAUAACCUGUAAAGAAUUUUAUUUUCCACUCUCUGCCAUCAUCACAGUCUUCGGUGCAACUGACUUUGGACCUUAAUAUUGAUGGAAUAGCUGAAAGACAAUGACCUCUAUCUUACCCUCACGUCUCCCUACAACUUGAAGCCUAUUUUUUUUAUGUCCUGUUAAGGACUCAUGACUGAUGAUGGUGAAUGGGAAUUGGAAGAGUUUGUAAAUGCUUAGUGCUUCUAAGUCUGAUUGGCAAAAAGCUUCCUGCCAACAGAUCAAGCCGGGUGUCAGUACAGUAUAUUCAAAUUUGGGAAAGCUACAUUAAGGAGUAGGUGGAAAAAAACAAAAAGAAAUCAAGAAACUCGGAGGUAGUUCUAAAGAUCUACCAAUGAUGUUCAAAUAUACAUUUAAACAAUUGAAGUAGUUGACUCGAUUUAAUGAUUCAGAGCAAUACACACAGUAAUAAACCAUAUUAAUGGUGAUGAUCAAAGAGAAAGUCAUAAGGGUGUUCUUCUUUCUUUGUCGGUGUCAUGCUGCUCCGACAUAAAGGACAGCUUGAAGUUAUGAUAGAGAAUAAUGAUAGACUGACAGCAGAUUAUACCUCCCAUAAUAAACACGUCAUUCAUUUUAUGCUCACAAAUAUACAGGUAUAAUAUAUAUAUUAUAUAAAUAUAUCUAUGAAAUGUUAUAACAUGAUUGAUUUGAAUCUUGAUUCAAAAUGGCCGGAUUGAAGC